UCCUAAGCCAGACCCUAAACCCGCGCCCGGGAGUCCAGAGCACGGCGUGAGCUCUGGGCGUGAACUUCCUGGUACCCGCCUCCCUACCCGCAAUUUACCCAAUCCAGCCUUCUUCCUCCGAGAGACCCAGAAAGGAGAAGGGAGGCUAGAUUGAAAGGCCCUGUCCCUUCCCAUGCCUCCACACCACUUCUUACCAGACGUUUUCUUAGAGCCAGCGCCGCUUAGACGUCUAGCUUCUAGUCACGUGUCCCAGCAGGCGCACUCUCUCUUCCUUCCUACCCGAUUUCCAAACCAGGCUCAAAAGGUUCCGUUUCUACAAUCAAUUCUCUAGGGCUCUUUAUUUCGUUUCUCGGCUUUGGAGCUACUGUGAUGCCUUCGCCACUUUUCCCUUCAACGUCCGAAAAAGAGUCCAAGCCUAAAAUCCCUAAUUCUUGAUGAAGCAUGGUACGGCCCGGAAUUCACCAGCUACUGGAUUUGGUUGGCUGAAGUGAACAAUGAAGUAAACAGCUGCUCGCCCUCGCGUAGCCCGACCCUUCUUGUUCAGUGACGUAAACGCCCGGGUUCCUCUAAGGCGCCACCAGCGCGGGGUCCGCGGCGGCACCCUUGGCUUUGGGGCUGGAAUGAAUCAGCUCUCUCGAAAGUGUAGGACUUCUUGGAGUCAGCUGUGUUAAUGUGCGCAGAGAUGUAAACGACCUGGGGUAUGUUGUGGGCUUGGGGUUUUAUGUUCUAGGGCGCGAGCUUCCACACGUUCACCCCCACCGAGCUCGGGAAAUGGUCCGCGCUGGGAGAGCGCGGGAGUCUUGAAGCGCCUGGAAGGCUCCCGUCAGUCGGGCCCUGACUGAAUCCGGUUGCGGUCAGCGCUGCCGCAUGGAGGCCGAACGGGCUGAGGUACGCGCCCUGGAAGCGGAGAUAGCAGCCCUGAGGCGGGCAUGCGAGGAGCCGACGGCGCCCUGGAAAGAGACCGCCAAAGCCAAAAAAUCAUUUAAAAAUAUAUACCAAUCAGAAUCUGAACGAUUGGAGUCUUCAAAAGAUCUGAGGAGACAGCUUGGACAUUUAGAAUCAGAACUUUCACUUCUAAGUACACUUACGGGCAUCAGCAUAAGAAAGUACUCCAAGAAAACAGAGGACUUGACAAGCACUGUGAUGACAGAAAAAAAUAUAAAGAAAGUUCUACAGAGAUACAAAUUAUCAGGAGAUUGCCACAUGGUUACAUUUCAACUUGAAUUUCAGAUUCUGGAAACUCAGAAUGAGAAGAAUUUAUCUUCUGUUGUUACUGACCUGAAUAUAAUAAUGGAACCCACAGAAUAUCCAGAAUUAAGUGAACUUGUAUCUAGAGCAGAAGAAAGAAGAGAUCUUUUCAUGUUUUUCAGAAGCCUGCACUUUUUUGUGGAGUGGUGUGAAUAUCGUAAGCGCACAUUUAAACAUUUCAAGGAAAAAUACCCAGAUGUCGUACAGCUCCCCGAAGGCGCCACCUCCAGCUGCCUGGGGAUCCAGAAUGCCAGCCAGCCAGGCCCUGGAGCUGGACAAGAAGAACGUUAUAGAAAGUGCCCCUCUCAGCUUCCGCACCCUUCUAGGAGUGCUUGGAAUCGAAGCCUCUCUAGAAAGCCUGAUAAAAUUAUUUUUCAACACAAAAGAAUGACUAGUUCACAAAAAUUGAACACUUAUGAAGUAAGAUUGUGUACUCGCCAGUUCAUAAUUUUAUUGAAUAUAAACAUUUGCUAUUUUCCAUUUAGAAAUCAUACCCUUAAAACAUGCUAUCUAUGCAAUAUGGCACAUAUAUAG